AUGGCAUACGAUUUAUAGUAUCUAAUUAAUUUGUGAAUUUUAUAGUAAUAGAGUCAUUAUGCCACUAUGGAUCAUUAAAAAAAAUUAUGUUUACAGAUGAUCACGAUUAAGCAACUUGUUAAUAAAACAAAAAUGGAUGUUCACGAAGGUGUUUGUUUGUAUUUCGAUUACUCUCGAUUUUCAGGAAGAGCAAAAUACCGAUAUUUUUUGUAUUUAAUUGUAGAUUAUUAAUUGUUAUUCACAUAUAUAUCGGUAUACCGUGUCAUUAAUUUGAAUUGAAUUUUCAACAAAAAUUUUUUAGUUGAUGCUAAUAAUUAUAUCUUAAUCUUAUUCUAUGAAGAAAUCAAUUCAGUCUCACUAUAACAUAUAUUAUAACGGUUUUGUCUCUUUCAUAUUGUCUGUUUACUAGAAAAUUAUAUUUAACGAAUCAAUUAAACGAUCGGUAGUAUUGUCUAACCUGAGGCUUUAUCGUUUCAAUGUCAAUAGUCUUUGGUGUUCGAACUUAUGUUUAAAAAAGGAAUGAAUCUAGAUGUGUAUUUCGCUUGACUGGAGAUCAUUAUUGACCUUUGAUUUUAUUUACAUAGACAUAUAUAGUAGACAUAUAUACGAUUAUGUACAUAUACAUGUGGUCAAACAUAUUUUCACUUUUUAUCAUUUUUUCUUCCUAGUAUAUCCGUAUUACAUAUAUAGGUAUAUUUAUACACAUAUUAGACGGUAGACAUUGUGUCGAUUAGGUGAAACCGUGAUAUCAGGAAGAAAGAUAAAGAGGCGGUCUUGGUACGAAAAGUAUGUCAAUGUUACGGCAUUCGCAUGACAGAUAAAACGUCUCGCAUCGUCCUAUCGGUAAUCAAGAGGGUUAAUCACCUCUGGAUAUAUCUCGUUGAUACCAGUCGUGUUAACCGACUUCCUCUAUGUUUACCUUCUAGAAACUACUUAAGGCUUGAGGCCGUUUUGAGAGCGAUGCAAAGAGAUCGGCAAGAUCGUCCUUCAAGGACUUUCUACUUUGAACAAUAAGCAAGAGUUGUAGUAUAUCGCGACAUGUAGCAUGUUUCGUUCUAGUUUGCCUUUCGCGAAUGAGCUAUUUUCAUUUUCUUUUUAUUCUCCUUGCUAUAUUCCUUAUUUUUUUUUUUUCAUUUUCACAAUAGUACCAAACGAUAGGAAAACGACAAAAAUUUGAUUUGAUUUAAAUGCAAGUAACAGUCACGAUGUAAGUAUUACAAUGAUAAUCUUAUGUCGUAGUGGUACAUUAUGAGUGAGAUGCACACAUUUUUGUCACAGCGAUAUGAAGAAUGACUUGUGAUUAGUCAAGCCAAGCUGACCUUGAAAAUCAAAGAUCGAGAGUGUCUAUGCUCCCACCAUGGAGAUCGAGAGAGUAAUAUUCGUAACGUAUCGUAUUGUAUUGUAGCGUACCGUACUGUAGUACCGUAUGUACGAUCGUCUACAGAUCAGUAGACGACACAUCGACAAUAGUUAGGCGUGUGGAUGCACGGGGAGUUCGACUGGGGUCCCCUUCCUCUUCGAUGAAAACCAUUGGAAAUCCGAUCCUUGGGUACUUUCUUAUAAAUGAAGGUUCUCUAUCGACUCUUGCCUCAUUCAACUCUCCAUCCCUCACGAUCCCCCGAGGUUUUUCUUCUCUCCAUUUUCGUCUGUUUAUCUCUUCUACCUUCUUUUUCUUCAUUCUUCUACUCUUUCCUCUUCGAAAUUUCAUUUUGUCAAAAUUACGAAUUUAACUCACAGUGCAUUUUAGUGUGAUAAUAAGUGAUUGUUUGAUGAAUUUUUUUUACCAUCUAUAAAUCCACUACGUCGUGCCAGAAUAAGAAAAUUCACUGAAUAUCAUUACGAUAUCACCUUUUGUUACUCGUCUUCGCAGAAGCUAAUCUUGUCGUUUUCAGGUAAAGAUGUUCAAUACAGCUGUACAAAAGCUGCGAUUUUUAUAUAAGCCUUACGCCUUGGCCAUAGUCUCGGUCGGAUACGUACUCGGCGAGUUGGGACAUUACGUGAUCGGUGUUACGAGUAAGGCGACCGCUGAAGAUUUACACUAUGGCGACAUAUCCUGCCAAUUGAAUUCGAGUACUCUUUCGCUCAUCGAACUUCCGAUUAGAUGCGAACAGGCACAGAACGAGACUUACUGUCAAUCUUUAGAACUGAAUGGCUCCUCUUAUUGCGAAUGGAACUACAGCGGUCUCGGUUUAGACUAUCAAAUCUUAGCAGGGCCAAGUUUCAUUGCCGUCUUUACAAUAGUUGGAGUCAUUUUAGGCAUCGCUGCCGAUCGAUUCAAUAGGGUCCGACUCUUAGCAAUAUGCACGCUGGUAUUUAGUUUGGCAAUUGUUUUAAUGGGAGCAGUGAAAGAAUAUUGGCAUCUCGUUGUCCUUCGGAUGGUUCUUGCUGCUGGCGAGGCAGGAUGCAAUCCACUAGCAACCGGUCUCAUUUCCGAUUGGUUUCCUGAGGAACAGCGUGGUCUCGUCAUGUCCAUUUUCAAUUGGGGUAUUUAUGGCGGCUAUGGCAUUGCUUUUCCGGUUGGCCGAUACGUUCCAGCUUUAAAUGCUUGGGAUCUAGGAUGGAGAGUCUGCUACUACGGAGCUGGAAUAGUCGGCAUCAUUAUCGCGAUUCUUACCGGUCUGACUUUAACUGAACCGGAAAGGAAGACCAUUGGCGAGGAAAACGAUAAGACCAAAGAAAAAAAGAUCUCGAUUUGGAAAGUGAUAUUACAGCCACGAAUAAUACUCCUUUGUCUCGCUGCCAGCAUCAGACAUUGCGGUGGUAUGUGUUUUGCAUACAAUUGCGAUCUUUAUUAUCGCGACUAUUUUCCGGAUCACGAUCUCGGCUGGUGGCUCUUUGCGGUGACCAUUGUCAUUGGCAGCAUCGGUGUUGUCGUUGGAGGUGUGGUCAGUGAUAAAUUUGUCGCGAAAAUGGGAAUCAGAUCACGUGUGGCAGUUUUGGCCAUCAGCCAGCUAAUAGCGACACCGCCAGCUUUUGGAUCAGUCUACUUCGAACCACGUUGGGCUAUGCUAUCCCUCGGGUUUUCAUAUUUCUUUGCGGAGAUGUGGUUCGGUAUCGUUUUUGCAAUAGUAGUAGAGAUCGUUCCGUUGAACUUAAGAUCUACGACUAUAGGUGUUUUUCUGUUCGUAAUGAACAAUAUUGGUGGUAAUUUACCGAUACUCGUUGAACCAACCAGGAUAGCUAUCGGCUUUCGGGAAUCCCUCUACAUUUUCUACGCUGGUUUCUACGGCAUAAGUUCAAUCAUGUUUCUUCUGACGAUGUUUCUAAUGGAUGGACCGGUAAAACAAACGAAGAACAUUGAAGAUCAAACUAGAUAUGACAAUUGCACAUUCGUCAACGAUGAAGACCAACACGUUUCUUCGACAAUAGAACUUCCUCGAUUAUCCAUUCGACCGCCAUACUAUGAAAACUCGCAAUUAUGAUCAUGGUAAAUUAACGACAAGAUAAGUAUUAAGAAUGAGCACCUCAUUUAAAGAAAAACAAAGAACCAUUAGUAGUUACUCUUGCAUUUAUUUUUGAAGAAAUUGAAUUAUACGCGUGUCGAAGUACGUCACGUACGUAAUUAUGUAAUUUCCAAAAACUUCAAAGUCAAAACGGUACUUUUAACAUCAAGAACAAAACUGAUACCGAUACUAUAAUUAAACAAAGACUUGUGCUUUAGGAUAAAUCAAACCGUGAUGUAUAGAAUGAAAAAAUAAAGGGAAGUAUUUCUUUGAAGAAUGAAA